GAAUGUUCUGCUUUUCCUGUUUUGUAGUGCUCGGUGAUAGAUUGGCAGCGGUGGUGAGUAUCAGGAUUAAGCCUUGAGUUUCUCGCUGGUGCUCUCCUGCCUCGCUGUCUGGGACUCCUCCCAUACAUUCCAGUGUGUCUGGGCCGUGAGGAGGAGGAGGAGGAAAGAAAAGGAAAGGGAGACUGCUGAAAACAGUCUGUGGACCCUGAUCCAAAGAGGAGAGAUGAUACACAAUAACAACAACAGCAGCAGCAACUCUCAGCUUGAAUGCGCCUGCUGCAGCCCUCUCACGCCUUCUUCUCUCUGUAUCUGAACCAUCUGGACGCGUUUCUACUUUGUUUUUAUUUCUUUCCCUUCACGCCAAAAAGUUUUUGGGAACUUUUCGACGGAGUUUGAGGUUUCCAGCCUGAUUCUCUGCAUUGCAACAGAGCCCCGCUGUGUUUCUGCAGCUGCUGGAGGAGGAGGAGGGAAGAAAAAACAACAACAACAGCGAAGGAGCCACAAGGCCACAGAGAGUCUGUGUGGAGGAAAUCAUGGAGAUCCUGGACAGCAGUGAAUCGUUUCUUCACUGGGACAGGAACCUCAGCGAGCUGUCCGAGGCCGGAGAAAUCGACUGUGUGCUCAACACCACACACUUCUCCGAGCUCCUGGACGACCUCUCUCAGGAUGCUUUGCUGGGCCAGUUGCUCAGCGACCCCUUCCUGUCCGGGGGGAGAGGCUCAGUGGAAUCCAUGGAUGGGGACGACGGCACCGACCUGUCCCCGUCUUCCCCUCUCCCGCCCCACAUCACAGCUGAACACAGCUACUCGCUGUGCGGCGACAGCCGACCCCAGUCUCCCCUGUCGCACCUGACCGGCGAGCACGGCAGCGAAGCAGCCGAGUCCGAUGGCGAUUCAGCCGAGUGGGCCAUGGAGCAGGAGGAAACCAUCGAGGGCCUCCUGUGUGACACCCCGUCUCUCCUCCCCACCCUCUCCCUCGCUCUGGCCACGAGCAAGGGGCCCCAAGCACCUGAGGGCCCGGCUCUGGCCCCUCCUGCCACCUCGGCUCAGACCUCAGUGAACCAGGGCAAAGGCAUCAAGAUAAAGGAGGAAAAUAUCAUCCCUAAAAUCAAACUGGAGCCUCAUGAAGUGGACCAGUUCCUCAAUCUUUCACCAAAAGGUCUGGAGUCUCUGCAGAUGCCUCCCACUCCCCCCAGUUCCCACGGCAGUGACUCAGAGGGCAGCCAAAGCCCCGUCCACGCCCCACCCGGCCUCUCCUGCCCCACAUCCCCCACUAGCCCCCCUCCAUCCCAGUCCAGCCUGAAAGUGUCACCUCGAGCUUCUUCUUCCUCCCUGUCCAACUCCCCUCUGCUCACUGCUCCUCACAAACUGCAGGGUUCAGGGCCGCUGAUCCUGACCGAGGAGGAGCGUCGUACGCUCGUGGCCGAAGGUUACCCCGUUCCCACCAAACUGCCACUCACCAAAGCCGAGGAGAAGGCGCUGAAGAAAAUCCGCAGAAAGAUCAAGAACAAGAUUUCAGCUCAAGAGAGUCGAAGGAAGAAGAAGGAGUACAUGGAUGCUCUGGAGAAGAAGGUGGAGACCUGCUCCAACGAAAACAGCGAGCUGCGGAGGAAAGUGGAGACUCUGGAGUGUACAAACACCUCUCUGCUACAGCAGCUGCAGUCUCUCCAGGCAGUCGUGGCAGGAAAAGUUCCCAAGUCCUGCAGGGUGAUUGGCACCCAGACAUCGUCAUGCUUAAUGGUGGUUGUGUUGUGUUUCGCUCUGUUUUUGGGGAGUUUUUAUCCCAGCAGUUUCACGUCGUGCUCCUCCAUCACUGAAACAGGCCUCGCUUCCAAACAGCUGGAUGUCAAAGACUCCUACACAGCCACAGUUAAGUCGAGGAGUCUGCUAUCAACCUUCGAAGACGAGCAGCCACACCUCCUCGGUCUGGGGGGCGAAUAUCCCGACCAAUGGGAGGACACGCCGGCCGUCGUGAUGGCAGCGUGGCGUCACUCAGAGCAGCAGAAACUUGAGGUGGAGUCCACCAGGAUGGAAACACACCCACCUUUCAGGAAUAAAAGCAACGAUACACAGACGUCAAAAAACCUGCUGCUUGACCUGCACAGGUAAACACACACGAUGGUCUCUGGAGCAGAGGACGAAUGAGAGCAGGAGUAAAGUGAUAGAGCUGGAGAGAACUGUCAACGAGACCUCCUGAGAUUUACAUUAACACACACACAGACAGACACACCCUUCCUCCUUUACACCCUAUGAUGACCUUUGACCCCCCUCCCCUCUCUGGAGCAUGGUUCAGUGUCCUGGAAGCCUCAUAUAGAAGCUUCCACUGCUGAUAUUUUAAGGUCAUUUUUAAAAUGCCAUCUCUGCUUAAUCAGAUACACUGUAAUGGUAGAAAGAAUAAAAUAGAGAGGCACUGGUUGCCUUAAUUUCUGAACUAAAGUUGCACUGAAUAGUUUUUUGAAGAGUCAGCUUAGCAGUUGUAGUUGUUUUAAUUGAUCUGGCUUGAGACACUGUGCUGAAAAAUCACCUUUAGAGAAUUCAAAGAGAGAAUAAUGUAAGUGUGGCAUUUAUCGGAGGGGUAAUUAUAUUAAAAGAUGACAUGUGAGGCUUUUUACAGGACACUGAUGAGAACCUUUUAUAUUUAUAGAAACUUGUUUUUUCAAAAUUUAUUGCUCUUUGUAGCUAUUAAAUGUUUUUAUUUCAUUCCAGUAAUGCGUACAGCCCAUUUUUAUACUUGUUUGUGUUCAGACUGUAUUUUGUGUUUUUAUUUUAUUGUACUCUUGUUUUUUUUUUUUUGUUUGUUUUUUUUAAAUAUAUAUAUUGUUCUUAUUUGUUUUCUGAGAGCUUAGCUUGGGGGUCCUGCACUCAUUUGAAAAGGUUUUUAACUGCGUAAAAACAAACAAACAAAACAAACAAUCCGCACUCUUCCUGUUUCCUAAAGUAAACACUGACUGAAAUGUUAAAACCCGACCCAGCGUGGGUUAUUCUUUACCACAAAUGUUCAUAUUUGACAUGCGGGGACCCCGUUAGCUGGUCUUCAGACUCAUGGCUUAGUUCUGUCACCGUGAAGCUGAUAUUUGAGAUGUGGCUUCCCGUUUUAUUUUUGCUCAUUUAUAGGUCACAUUUGCCCAUCUGACCACAAAACACAAAGAGACAAAUGAGAAGACUGAUACCACUGUUAUACCUGCAUGCUCAGUACUAAUCUCGAGCUAACUGCUUCAUAUUUACUGUUUAAAGACUCAGCCUGUCUAGUGAAGCUUUAGCAACCUUGGGAAAGUUUCACUCUCUCCUUCAUUGCCACUAGGAGCAGGGUGUCUCUGUGUGUGCUGUGAGGUGCUGCAGCAAAGCAUAGCUGCCUUCAACCCUCGCACACACGCUCCAAGUGAGAGUUUUCUGUUCUUGAUUAGGAAUGCCCAAAAUAUCCUGAUCUUCAUGCACAUUACAGAGUUAGUGAAAUAAAUUCUAUUAUCUAGAUCAGCCGUUCCCAAAGUCAAGGGUUCAGAGUGUAACUAUUACUACUCCACAGUGGAAGGAGCCAAUGGAGGUGGUUCAGGGAUCUGAUGCCUCCUAGAUGAAGCGUUCAGGUUCAACUGGGAAGAAAUCCAGUUGAAGAGUUUAUAGCCCUCGGCUGGCUUGAGAAUGCCUUGAUAUUCCCCCCAGAAGGUCUGGGGGAGGUGACUUUCUCUGCUUAGACUGCUGCCCCCACAACCUAGACCGAGUUAAGCAGCAGAAAAUGGAUAGAUGGAUGAGUAUGACCUAGUAAGGUUGGCUUUAAGUGGCUAUAAGAGCACAGAGGUGUCAGUCCUUCUCAUCAGACUCUAUUAAAAAAAUUUUUUUUAAAAAGACAACAACACACGAUGAAGCCACAGAUUUAAUUUCUGUAUCAUGUUUUUUUUUUUUUUUUUUAUUCUGGACAUAAAUCCUGCAACACCUUUGCCUUGCACACUUCAGCUAUCAGCUCCAGGAGCCUUUUACAACUAUUUUACAGCAUUUGCCAAAAAAAAUAUUUCUUCUCAGAAAUUAAAAAAAAGUUUCUAUUUUUGUAAAUAUGAGUUGUUAAUAAAUGAGCAAGUCUAAAUGUUUGUCUGGGAUCUGUAGUUUGUGAACCAAUCCAUUAUUCAUUCCGACUCUAUUUUGGGCUCUGUGCUGUUGAUAAAUUAUGAACGUAAUAUCUCGUAGCUGCAGGCUUUGUCCCGACUUUCUGUUUAGUUUAAUCCCAGAUUGUGACUUUUAAAUGUCCACCUAAAGUGUAUUCCAGGUGGGUUUUAAAUGCCUGAGCUUUGCUGCAGCAUGUAUGAUGCAAGUCUGUAACAGUGAGUCUUUAAAUUCAAGUUAACUUCAGAAGCGUUUGAAAAUGCAAUUUACAGCUCAGGGUUAAAAGCAACAGUUUUUGACCCAAUUUACAGACUAUGAAGCAGAAUUUGUAUUUAAAGCUUUGUAGAUAUGAAGAAAUUGAUGUCAGCCUUCAGUGACACAUCUUUACACAUUUCUCACUGCCCUGUCUGCCAUGUAAGUGCUAUGGCAGCAAAAUCGAGGGAGACUCGAGAUGAGCACGCUGCCCUUUUGUUACGCCAUAAAACACGCAGCCAGCAGAGCGUUUUCCUAAAAGUCAGAGUUCAUUUCCUUCCUGCUCCUGUGUAAAACCAGCCUUUCUGUCUUCAUGCUUUCAAACAAAUAAAGUAUUUUCCUUAGUAAAAGCA